CUAACUUUGUCUGAAAAGCCCACUGUAGAAAAAAUCACGAAAGACAAAACACCAAGCCCUGUCGAUAAGGCCGAAAAACCAGAACCACUUACUGUGUCUGAAAAGCUCACAGUAGAAGAAAUCACAAAACACAGAACACCAAGCCCUGUCGAUAAGGCCGAAAAACCAGAACCACGUACCAUAUCUGAAAAGCCCACUAUUCAUGAUCUUGUGAAGGAGAAAGACAAGGAGGUUAAGACCGACAAACCGGAACAACUUACUGUGUCUGAAAAGCCCACUGUAAAAGAAAUCGCGAAAGACAAAACCCGGAGCUUUGUCGAUAAGGCCGAAAAACCAGAACCACUUACUGAGUCUGAAAAGCCCACUGUUGAAUUCGUCAAGGAGAAAACACCAAGUCCGACGGACAAGGAGGUAAAGACCGAAAAACCGGAACCACUUACAGUAUCUGAAAAGCCCACAGAAGAAGAAAUCACGAAAGACAAAACUCCAAGCCCUGUGGAAAAGGCCGAAAAAGCCGAACAACUUGCGGUGUCUGAGAAGACCACUGAAGACAAAAUCUCGAAAGACAAAUCCCCAAGUUCUGUCGAUAAGGCCGAAACACCAAAACCACUUACUGUAUCUGAAAAGCCCACUGUAGAAGAAAUCACAAAAGACAAAACACCAAGCCCUGUUGAUAAGGCCGAAAAACCAGAACCACUUACUGUGUCUGAAAAGCCCACUGUAGAAGAAAUCUCGAAAGACAUAUCCCCAAGUUCUGUCGAUAAGGCCGAAACACCAAAACCACUUACUGUAUCUGAAAAGCCCACUGUUGAUGAACUUGUCAAGGAGAAAACACCAAGACCGACGGACAAGGAGGUUAAGACCGAAAAACCGGAACCACUCUCUGAAAAGCUCACAGUAGAAGAAAUCACGAAAGACAAAACACCAAGCCCUGUCGAUAAGGCCGAAAAACCAGAACCACUUACGUUGUCUGAAAAGCCCACUGUAGAAGAAAUCACAAAAGACAAAACACCAAGCCCUGUCGAUAAGACCGAAAAACCGGAACCACUCUCUGAAAAGCUCACAGUAGAAGAAAUCACGAAAGACAAAACACCAAGACCUGUCGAUAAGGCCAAAAAACCAGAACCACUUACGUUGUCUGAAAAGCCCACUGUUGAUGAAAUUGUCAAAGAGAAAACACCAAGUCCGACGGACAAGGAGGUUAAGGCUGAAAAACCGGAACCACUUGCUGUGUCUGAAAA